AUGAGGAGCCUUUGUUUCCACGCACUCGAUCUCGAGGGCCGGCAUGACGUUGAGGCCCUGUGUGACCAUUGUACGACAGCUCUGCGCAGCGCCGCGGAUUGCUUGACCCGGCAGUUCGACCCGGCCGACUCCUUUGGUCGCAACCUCGCCAAGAACCAACGGUUGGCCUCGCUUCUGCUCGACUGGGACACGCUGCCACAAGAGGAUGAUGAUGAUGCAGCCAACGCUCCCUCGUCCUACGCUGUCUACACAAGACUGGGCACUUUCUUCGAGGCGUGGACAACAUACAGUACCGUCGGCACAGCCGAAAUUCCGGAUGCUUUCCUCAGAGUCGGCACGACGCCUGCACAAGGACACCCAAGGUUCCCUACCAUCCCUCUCUGA